CGCGAGAUGCUUCUAGAGCUCCUGGCGACACCCCUUGAGACCCUCGACGCCGACACUGCGAUCGAGGUGAUGCGCUUCACCCAGGUGGUCACGUUUAAGCCGGUGCGCCUCAACCUCAAGGGAUUCGUGGUGGUGAGCAGGGAGCUGUCCGUUGCGAGCGCAGCCACCAUCACGACGUACAUUGUGGUCCUAGCGCAACUCGCCCUCACUAUUUCGGCGGGCCUGUCGGCACCCUCGCCCACGUCUCGCGACCAGCCCGCCGCCGCACCGUAGUCCGCCGCCCUGAGAGCACCGCGGAGUAAGACCCGCUCCCAACGGUGCAAUCAGCGCGGUGUACUGCCCGACUUGGACAUUCACAGUUCAUUCCUUCGCUACACUUCCCAAAAAUGUUUGUGUAUAACUCACUUUCAACAUGCUUAUGUCACUUUUCGC